CUCCCUAACUCCGCAAUUUCCUCGUCGAUAGAUCUAAGGACUCGAUCCAGUCCCUCGGCUUUCCAGAUUUGGAAGCUCCGAUGUCGGAAUUCUCCUGGAGCGAGGAGGAGCGGCGCAUGGCAGCCGCCGUUCUUGGCCCUGAGGCCUUCGGUUACCUCGCCGCCAGCCGCGCCUCCUCCGACGGCCUCACUGCCGCUGCCUUCUCCUCCUCCGCUGAGGCCGACCUGCAGAGGCGCCUCCUCGACCUAGUCGAGGGCCCUCGCGACCGCCCCGGCCUCGGCUGGAACUACGCCAUCUUCUGGCAGAUCUCCCGCGCCAAGUCCGGCGACCUCGUCCUUGGCUGGGGCGACGGGUCCUGCCGCGACCCCCGCGACGGCGCAGAGGCCGCCGCAGCGGCGGCGGCGGCGGCCGUGAGGUCGGGCGGCGACGACGAGCCCCGGCAGAAGAUGAGGAUGGCCGUGCUCCAGAAGCUCCACGUGUUCUUCGGCGGGUCGGAUGAGGACAACUACGCCCUCCGCCUCGAUCAGGUCACCGACGCCGAGAUGUUCUUCCUCGUGUCGAUGUAUUUCUCCUUUCCUCGGGGAAAGGGCGCUCCCGGUCGGGCUUUGGCGGCCGGGAAGCACCUCUGGAUCCUCUCGCCCUCCGAUUACUGCUACAGGGGAUUCUUGGCAGCUUCUGCCGGGUUCCGGACGAUUGUUGUUGUGCCAUUCGAGACGGGAGUCCUCGAAUUGGGAUCUGUCAGGUCGCUAACGGAAAGCCCUGAUGCCUUGCAGACGAUAAAGUCGGUGUUUUUGGGUACAAUUCACACACAGUUGCCUCGAUCUAGCGAGAAGAACGACAGAAAUGGGCCCGAGGCAUGCACAAAGAUCUUUGGAAAGGACCUCAAUCUUGGGACUCCUAAUGUCGAUGACAAGAUCUUGGUUACAAAGGUAGAGGAUAAUUCUUGGGACACACAGCUGAAGAGUGGCAGCAGAAGUUGGAUGCUGUUUCCAAAUGUUCGAAAGGGAAUGCAGAGUUUCAGCUGGAACCAUGUCCGUGGUCUGAAUUCUCAUCAGCAACAGUUUGGUAAUGGUCUCAUAGUGGCUGCCAGUGAAGCCGUUAAUCAUAGCAAUGGAGUGAGGGGAGAUCCUUCGCUUGGCCAAUUCCAGAUCCAGACGAAUCAGCACAAGCCCCAACAGUCAAUACAGCCACCACCGAGACAGAUUGAUUUUAGUGUAGGCGGGACUUCAAGAGCCGGGGCUUUGAUUGCCCAUAUCGGAGCAUUGGAAGGUGACCAUGCAGAUGUAGAUGCUUCAAGCAAAGACAAAAAGGCCAGCCCACUAGAUGAGCGGCGGCCUAGAAAGAGGGGAAGAAAGCCUGCAAAUGGAAGAGAGGAACCUCUCAAUCAUGUUGAAGCAGAACGCCAGAGAAGGGAAAAGCUCAACCGUAGGUUCUAUGCUUUGCGUGCGGUGGUACCUAACAUUUCAAAGAUGGACAAGGCAUCCUUGCUGGGAGAUGCCAUUGCGUAUAUCACAGAUCUCCAAAAGAGGUUGAAGGAGAUGGAAUCUGAGAGGGAGAUGUUCUUGGAGUCCGGUAUGGUGGAUCCUAGUACUCGAGUGUGUUGUCCUGAGUUUGAUGUUCAAGCACAGCAGGAUGAGGUGAUUGUGCAAGUUAGCUCUCCUUUGAAUACCCAUCCUGUUUCUAAAGUUUUUCAAGCUUUAAAGGAGGCAGAGAUUGAUGUGGCUGAAUCAAAGGUCUCAGGUGGCGAAGAUACUAUUCAGCAUACUUUCAUCAUCAAAUCACCAGGCUCUGAACAGCAAACCAAGGAUAAGAUAGUUGCUGCAUUAUCUUCUGAAACAAACUCGACAUAACAAAUUAUCUGAUGUUGUGAUAACAGUGGUCCAGAUGAAGAAGCCAUGGAGGUGUGAAGGAUCAUGUUAUCUGAUGACUUGGGAGUUUGCUUCAAAUAGUGACAUGCUUCUCAUGGUUAUUUAUUUUCACCAGAAGUGAAGAUCCGACUCUAAUUAGUUUUUGACUAACCUGAUAGUUCACCAAUAACUCUAUUGUUAUUUGUGCUGGUAAGAAUCCCUUGAACUAUGUUUGGUGAUGUUUGAUUGUUUGUAAUAUACACUUAUCCUCCAAGUGCUAUAUGUUCACUUAUUAUAAUACAUAUAGUGCAAAUCUGUACCCAAUAAA